AUGUUUAUUUAUAUUUCUUAUUAUUCUUAUUUAUUCUUAUUAUUUAUUUAUUUCUUAUUUUUCUAUUUUAUUUAUUUUCAUUUGAUUCUUAUUUUCAUUUCUUUAUCAGAAACUGUCCCUACUUUUGACUUUGUUCAAACUUCUUCUACUUCUUCUACUCAACCAAUUUCACAAUCCCCUUCUAUUCAACCACAACCUAUUAUAAAGAAUAAAUAUGAUAUUUUAGCACAAAUUCAACUAGAACAACAACAACAACCAUCUUCAAUAACUACUAACUCUGUUUUUGAUUUUGUUGAUUCAAAACAAGUUUCUCCUCAGUCUUGUAUUCAACUCACUAAUCCUCCUCCUCAAAAACCAUCUCAACAAUUCCAAACAACAUUUGAUUUCAAUCAAUCUUCUUCUCAACCAGUUGUGUCUCAAUCAACAAACAAACAUGAACAAGUAUUUGACUUUGGUCAAACAACAUUUGAUUUUACUACAAACAAUCAUCCAAAGGUUACUCCAACAAAUACAUCGCCAUUCACUUUUGACAAAAACUCAUCUUUCAAUGAAGCAUCAACCCAAUCACAACAACUACCAAUUAAGGUUAUCCCUCCAAAAGUCAGUCCUCAACAUAACUCUAUUAAUAAUGACUCUUCUAAAGAAAUCACCCAGAACCCUUUAAGCAAACCUCAAACACCAGAAACAUUUGACUUUAACUCAAGUAUUCCUAAACCACAACCUGCUUCUGUCAUUAGAUCAAGAACAAACACAUUUAAUUUUGACCAACCAAAACAACCUUCUACAAAUAGUCAAACAUUUGACUUUGGAGAGAAUUCUUUAGAAGAAACGAAAGGCAUACAAGAAACAACCCCAAAAACUAAUGUUUUAACAAACGAACAACCAAAUGAAACAAAUCAAGCACAAAAAGAAGAUAAUAAAAAACAAGAAAAAGAAUCUAGUGUAGAAGUUAAGAAACCAUUAAAUUACAACAACUUGUAUGACAUUCUUGGUGGGAUUAAUGAAGAACCAAAACAAGAGGCUAAAACAGAAAUGGGUGGAGUUAGUCAUCAAGAAGAAACACCAGAAAACAAACAAAACAAAAACAUUAAAAGACAAAGUUCUGAAUUAAUGGAAAUUGAUAGCACAUUUAAUUUUGAUAAUAAAAAGGAAGAAGAGUACGUCGAUAAUCCAUUUGGUGAAGUUAGUGAUGAUGAAUUAAAAGAAGUCGAUAUUCCUACGAUGAAGUUUGAAUCAAACAAUAAACCAGCAACAAAUAAUCUAUUCUCAUUUGAUUUAGAUGAACCAAAAAAAGAAAAUCAAAACCUUUUUAAUUUCGAAGAGUCUGCAGAAGGACCAACCAAAGAAGUUGAUGACUCAUUUGUUACAAAUGAAAAUGAACCAUCUGUAGAUAAUCCAUUUGAGUCGAACAAUACACAACCAAAUAAAGUGCCAAAUCUCCCAGAAGUUGAUAAUCCUUUUAAAUGUAUUGAAGAAAAACAAAACAGUCAAAGCCCAGUUGUAGUAGAUAAUCCUUUUGAUUUUACUGAUUCAUCUAACCAACUUAACCAACAAGACCAAAUAGUGGAUAACCCUUUUAACUUCUCAGGCAGUGAAAAUGCAAAAGAAGAAAAAGAAGUCGACAACCCAUUUGGGAACUUCGAAGAGUCUAAAAGCGAAACAUUACCAGAAAUUGAUAAUCCUUUUGAAUCUUCAUCAAACGCAAAUACUUUGUUCCAAUUCUAA